AUGGGGGUCAGCCCGGCCACCGCCGCCGCAAAAUGGCAGCCGCGCCCGGGGGCUCGCUCCGCUCCGCCGGCCCCGCGCAGGGCCGACGCCGUCGUCGUCGCCGCCGCCGAGCUAGGCCCAGGCCGAGGCUCGCCGCCCGGCCCGGCUACGGCCCGACCUCGGGCCACCCCGCCUCGCCGGGAGCUGCCGCCGCCCCGCAGGGAAGCGCUCACCUGCGGCCGCCGCGGCCGGCUCGCCGCCUGCCGCCGGUGCGGGCCGAGAAGGAGAAGCGCCGACCCGGCCCGGCCAGGCCCCGCCAGCGCUCCUCCGCCGCCUCCCUCCUCCCUCCCCCGCAUGCGCGCGCCCGCCGCCGCCGCCAUCCCGCCGGCGCGCGCCCCGCGCCUGCGCGCGCGCCCCGCGCGCCCGCUCUUGGGGUUCGGCGGCGGCCAAUCAGCGCGUGCCCGCGCGGCUUCCCCCCCCCCUUCACCCCUCGGCGGGCGCCCCCCUCCCCCCCACCGCUCGCCCCGGGGGGGGCUGAGGGAGGGCAGGGGGCGCUCAGUGCUGCCCCCCCCCGACGCCACCGGCCGCCCAGCCGCGGCCGCGCUCCUCGCCUGCGGUGCGGCCCGGCCCGGCCCGGCCCGGCCCGACUCGGCGCACAUGGCGGCCAGUCCGCCCGGCCCCGCGUCCUCGCGCCCGCCGCCCCCACAUCUUCAUCCUAAUCAGCGGCAGAAGGCACCGGGCGGCGCAGCCGGGACGGGACGGGACCGGGCGGGACCCUCACCUGUGGGCCCCUGCGCCCCGGCCGGCCUCCGCACCCCCCACCCCCUCCCCGCCUCGUCGGCCGCAGGACAGGCCGCGGGCCUACGAGCCGGCGGCGGAGCGGGCGCCAACAAAAUGGAGUCGGCCAGGCCCUGCGCCCCGGCGGGGCACCCGGCGAGGCGGCAGCUCCUGCCCGGCGGCGAAGGUCGCCCGCCCUGCCACGGUCCCACUCCCAGCCCCCCGUCCCGGCGGCCAGCCCGCGGGGCGGGGGUCGCGGGCGGCCCGCCCGCCCGCCCCCGCCGGACUGGGGUUACCCCCUGCCAUUGUCUGCGGCGCCCCGCGGGCCCGACCGCGUUCCCUUGCUCGCCCGCUCCGCUCCCCUCCCCGCCGCCCUCCCGCGCACCGGCGGGCCGGGCCGUUGCCAUCAGGGGGGCCCGCCGUGCUGAGCCUCGCCGAGCCUCGCCCGCCCGGGAGCGGCGCCCGGGUGCCCGCGGCCUGGCUGUCCUCGCCGGGCUCCGCCGCUCCCGGCCAGUGAGCUCCGCGCUCCCGCCCGCCCUCCCGCCGCCGAGCGGCGCUCCGCCGGGCCCGGGCUGCCAUCGGCGCCCCGCCACCGCCCCCCGCCAACCCCGUUCCUUCGGCCGGCCGGCAGGCCCCGCGGCGGGCGGUUGCUCCGUCGCUACCUCCAGAGAGGGGCCGGGGGUCUCCGCCGCCAGCCGCGCGGGUCCGGGCGCCGCGCCACGCCGCCGCCGCACCGGCAACGGCUGGGCAGGCACGGGGCGGGGGCGGCCGGGCGGGGGGCAGCGGCCGGGGCAGCGCAGGGAUGUGGCACCGGGGCGGCGCUGCCCGGGCCGUGCGGGGGGGGCAGGGCCCGGCCGCCCCCCAGGGUGCCGUGCGGGGAGCGGGGUGCUGCCACGGAGCUCAGCCGGGCUGUGCGCGGCGCUGCCCGCGCGGACUCGCUCCCCCCGCCCGCCGCUGCCCUUUGUUUUGGAUGUUCCCCCCGACUGGGCCGUUGGAGAACCCCCCGGCCGUGCUGACCCCGCGCUUUCCCCUGCCAGCCAGGGCCCCGGAGCAGCCUCUCUGCACACUCAGGCAGGCGGUGCGGGGCUGCCCGCCUCUUGCCGCCCCACGGGCCGGAGCCUUCCCCCACCCAAAACCGUCCGGCGUGGCUGCAGGUUGGCACCGCAGCGGAAUGGCGGGAUUGGGCCCGCGAGAGAGCCCUGCACACAGUCGCAGCUCCUCCAGGAGCUCCUGGCUGCCCCCGUUGCCCCUUGGGCCGUGCUCAGGCACUCUCGCCUGCGCUCUCUGCAGCUGGCGGUGGGGCAGCCAUUUCUUGCCAGUGUCAGCCAUGCCAAGGUGCCACCAUAG